AUGGCCGAGCAGACGACUCACGGACUCUCGCCCACCAUCAUCAAGCACGCCAAGCUCAUAUUCGAUGAACACAAAAGCAACGAUGGCAGCUUUGAUGAGUUUUUGACACAUCUUGCCAAACCCGAGAGCUCCGCUUCUCUGCCUAUUGCAAAUGAUACAACUCAUCCACUCAGUUCCUACUUCAUCUCCAGCUCGCACAACACGUAUCUUUCCGGGAACSAGCUUUGGGGCAAGUCAAGUGGAGAUGCGUACAAGGAUGUGCUCAAACGAGGAUGUAGAUGUAUCGAAAUCGACCUCUGGGACGGUGACUCGCCCUCCAGCUCCGAAGCCGAGGAUGGUAUGAGUUCGGAAGACGGUGAAGUCGGAAAAUUGGCUGGCAGGCUCAAAAGUAAGCUGGGCCGCUUGCGUUCACGUUCCAAUCCGGACAAGGACAAGACUGGACACGCAGAUCCACCGGCAAAGGAAGAUCAACAAGCGCCCAUGCCAUGGCGGAACACUUCUGGUMGCUCCGAACCCGCCGUAUACCACGGCUAUACCGCCACGAGUGAAUUGCCAUUCCGAAAGGUGUGCGAGGUCGUUCGUGAUUAUGCAUUCAAGAACACCGACCUCCCGCUCAUCGUCUCACUGGAAGUUCAUUGCGGCACUUCCCAGCAAGAAAUAGUGGUCGAGCUCAUGAACGACUAUUGGGGAAGUCUUCUCCAGCGUCUUCCAGACGACUUUUCUGACCAAACGCCAUUGCCACCGUUGGAAGAAAUGAGGAAGAAGAUAUUAGUCAAGGUCAAGUACUCUCCUCCCGGCAAGACCAAAGAUGCAAAGGGUGACAACACCGCACCGAGAUCCUCCGAGGAUCAAGAAUCACCUGGAGAAGAUGAUGCUGUCAAAAAGGGCAAGAUCCUGCAAAGCUUGAGUUCAAUGGGCGUGUUCACUCGUGCUUUUCACUUUGACAACUUCAGCCAGCCAGAGGCAAAGAUUCCAACUCACGUGUUUUCACUGUCAGAGACAAAGCUGCUCGACGUCUGCGAAGAGUCACCAGAGAGCAUAUUCGCACACAAUCUCAGACAUUUCAUGAGAGCGUAUCCGAAAGGUACUCGAUUAAGUUCGUCCAAUCUUGACCCAGCGCCAUUCUGGCGCUUUGGCAUUCAGAUGGUCGCCCUCAACUUCCAGAAGAUCAAUGCCGCCAUGAUGCUGAAUACCGCUCAAUUUGAGGGCACCGGAGGUUGGACGCUGAAGCCAGUUGGCUAUCUUCCAACGCAAGGCAAGCUACCAAAGGCGAAGAGGGCCACCCUCAACCUGACCGUCAAACUUCUCGCCGCACAAGGAUUGGGCUUGGAUGACGACAUACCCAACGUCUUCGUCAAGUGUGAGCUGCACGUUGAGAGCAAGGCAGAAAUUGAGCAGCACCGAAUUCCGAAAGAUGGCCAGAACAAGGGCGGCGAGCGGAAACUACGCUCUGCUGUGCGCCAUUCACGCGACCCAGAUUUUGGCGGCGAAACACUGGACUUCAAAGGCGUGCAACACGUCUGUCCAGAACUGAGCUUUGUGAGAAUCAAGGUCAUGGAUGAUCAGUCAUAUCAAAAGGAUCGCAUGCUUGGCUGGGCAUGCUGGAGACUCGACAGACUGCCACAAGGCCUAUUGUUGGUCCACCUACGAGGCGACGAUUCGAAGUUGACGGGCGGCAAACUACUACUGGAGGUUCGCGCAAGCACGAUAAUAUCCAGCUGA